AGGAAAGGGGGAAAAAAAGAGGGCCCAUACUCUCGGCUUGUCAAUUUCAACAUUUGGUCACGUGACCCCCGCUGCCUGCCUGCCUCCCCUGUUCUAAGGACGGGGAUAGAUUUCCACGUCAGCUUUACGUCUCCCAAUUUCUUCCUCCGCGGAUCGGCUUCAAAGAGGGCAGCCUGCGAAGGCGAGGAGGGAGGGAGAGAGGGAGAGAGAGGGAGCUUGAGAGAGAGAGAGAGAGAGGAGCAUCCUCCUCCUCCUCACCAUGUGAAGCGGGGCUCAUGAGGCGGCCAGCUCCAGGUAGCCCCCCAAGCCCUCCUCCUCUUCCUCCUCCUCCUCGGCAGCCUCAGCAUGGAUUUUGACGAGCGCGUCCCGUGCUCCUCCAAUAUGUACCUUCCCAGUUGCACCUACUACGUGUCGGGCCCCGAUUUCUCCGGCCUGCCCUCCUUCCUGCCCCAGACCCCAUCCUCACGCCCGGUCACCUACUCCUACUCCUCCAACCUGCCCCCGGUCCAGCCGGUGCGCGAGGUCACCUUCCGCGAGUAUGCCAUUGACCCCACUGCCAGCAAGUGGCACCCACGGAGCAACCUCGCCCACUGCUACUCGGCGGAGGAGAUCAUGCAUAGGGAUUGCCUGCCGGCUGCUAACUCCUCCUCGGCAGCGGCGGAGAUGUUCGGGAAGAAUGCAGCGGCAGCCUACCACCACCACCAUCAUCCCGCCACCUCGAGCAACACCUCCUCCAAUUUCUACAGCGCGGUGGGCAGGAACGGGGUCCUCCCGCAGGCUUUCGACCAGUUCUUCGAGACGGCGUAUGGCACGGCGGAGAACCCUUCGGACUUUGCAGCGGGAGGAGGAGGCGGCAGUAGCAACAAUGAAAAGAGCGCCGAGAAAGUCCCCUCAAGUUCGGAAGUGGCUUGCGCCCGAGAAGCCCGAGAAGGAGGACCCAACAACGCCAACGCCGCCUCCUCCUCGUCCUCAAUGGGGACCCCGGAGGACAAGGAGCGGCGCCAGAGAGCGGAGAGCAAAGGCGGCAGCAGCAACAGCAGCAGCCCGGCCUCGUCUUCCGGCAACAAUGAGGAGAAAUCCAGCAGCUCCAGUGGACAACGCACCCGUAAAAAGAGAUGCCCUUACACCAAAUAUCAGAUUAGGGAAUUAGAGAGGGAAUUCUUCUUCAGCGUCUAUAUAAACAAAGAGAAACGCCUCCAGCUUUCCCGAAUGCUCAACUUGACCGACCGUCAAGUCAAAAUAUGGUUCCAAAACCGAAGAAUGAAAGAGAAAAAAAUUAACAGGGACCGAUUGCAAUAUUACUCAGCUAAUCCACUACUCUAAGAGAGAAAGAAAGAGAGAAAGAAAACAACACAAACCUAAACUUGCAUUGAGUUUUUUCCCCCCAAGAUGAGAUUAAAUUCUGAUCUCGCCCUUGACAAGGUCAAGCCACAGGGUUACCUAAAAUAAGGAGGUGUGUAAAGCCACGGAGGAGGAGGACACUGGAAAACUGAAAUUUCAUUCCCACCCGGCCCUCCCGAAAAACUAAACCAACGAGUGAUUUCUUCCCCUACUUCCCCUACUUUCUUCUCCUUUGGAACAUUUCCUCCUCUUAAAAACCUUGACACACAUUAUCUGGAAUCGGUUAAUGCCUUGGAGCCACAUUUUUCCAAAUAAGCCAUUUGAAUCUUUUGUUGCAACCCGUUCUAACAGCGGUUUAUCACAUGGAGGAAUGGUGGUUCCACACCACUACAUUACCUUUGUGGUUUAAAUUUUGUAUUUUUUUUUACUGUGGAUCACUGGUUGGAAGGCUACUCAUGGCAACCUACAGACCUGAGGACUACUACUAAGGAUACCAUCAGACAUUCCGCCAUCUUUCUUUCCGCACCCCAACUGGUGGCCUAUCAUCCUUUCCAGAUGGCAUAUCUUCUUCCACAAAAGGGUUUACCUAUCCUAGCCAUUCCAUUUUGUAAACUUACAAACACUUUAUAGGGGAAGGGGGGUUACUUCUUUCUUUGCAAGGCCAAUCAUAAAUGUGAGUAAAGCCGUAGUAUGGUGUCUCACUACGUUGUGUUAGGGCGUGAGAGAUCUGACUCUUUCCUUUUGAAAGGAUUUUCAGGUAUUAAUUUGCCAUAUAUGGUAAAGGAACAAUCACGGAAGAAACAGCAAUUACCCUGGACAUUGCACAGAUUUAUCAACCCCACUUGCCUAGUUUCCAACAGACCUCACAACCUCUGAGGAUGCCUGCUAUAGAUGUGGGCAAAAUGUCAGGAGAGAUUGCUUCUGGAAUAUGGCCAUACAGGCCGGAAAACUCACAGCAACUCAAUUAUCCAUGUGAACUAGGUUUGGUUUUGUAGUGAGUGAUCUUGGUAGAAAAAGAGCGGAGACAAAUCAUGAUGCUCAAACCUAAAGGCUUAACAUGCAGAUAUGUAUAUUAUACACAUACACACACAACAGAGCCUUUGCAAACGUGGGGGAGAGGAAAGGAAGGAAGAAAGACUAAUUUAAUAGUUUCAGUUUUUUUCUAAACCAGCAAAGGAAAGGUUCUGGCUUCUGUCUCACCAACUUUCUUCAGGAAAUACCUGUGGAGAAGGACAGUUUUUGGCAAAUACCACACAACACUUAAUUGGACCUUCGGAUGUGUGCAAUGCACUGAGAUCAGAUCAUUAAAAUUACUAGCAUUUCCUUAGAAGGCCAACCAGGAGGCCAACAAUGUAAAUAGGCUGCGUUUGUGUUUUUCCUAUCUUGUUGUCCACUCUGAGUGUCGUCAAUCCUACUUAGCCGCCCAGGCGGCAGAAUCAAAGAAUGGAGAGUUCCUUGGAGUUAUUUUAAAUAUAUAUAUAUAAAGAAGUAUAUUUCCCUGCAGGAACCAAAGUGAAUGAGAGGGGGAGAGAAAAAGUAAAAAA